CUACCAUUAUCUCCUUUUGUUUCCCGACCAGUAUGGAUGAAGAAAUGGAUAUGUCUUCAGAUCUCAGCUUUACUGCACCCUCAGAUGUAGAAUGCAGCUCGUGCACAGGAAGAAAGCGCAAAGCAGAAAAGACCUGUUUGCAGUGUUUGGCUUCAUACUGUGAAGAUCACUUGGACCUCCACAACGUUCUGCAUACGAAUGCGAAGAGGCACAAGAUGGUGGCAGCUACGGGAAGACUUGAAGAGCGAGUCUGUCCCGAGCAUGACAAACUCAUGGAGGUUUUCUGUCGCACAGAUCAGCAGUGCAUAUGUCACCUGUGCAUUACAAAUAAACACAGAGCUCAUGAUGUCGUCUCGAUUGACUCUGAAGUGGCGGAAGUGAAAUUGAAGCUUGCGAAGAUACAGAGGGAGAUUACUGACAGGAUUAAAAGCAGGGAGAGUGAAAUGCAAGCAUUAAAACAAGCAAUCGAGGAUUUCCAGACUUCAGCAAGGCAGGCAGUGGAGGAGAAUGAGAAGAGCUUUACAGAGCUGAUCGACGCCAUAGAGUUGAGGCAGAGUACAGUGAAGAAGCUGAUCCUGGAUCAGGAAGAAGCUGCCGUGAAGAAUGCCAAGGAACUUUUGGAGCGGCUACCAUCAGAGAUCACUGAUCUGAAGAAGAGAGAUUUUGAACUUCAGCGCCUGGAGCAGCUCUCUCAAGCAGAGAAUGGUGUCUAUUUUCUACAGGGUAUUUUGUCCACUCCUGCACUUCCUUUAUCCUCGUCCUCCCCUGUCCUCUUUGUCCAUCCAUACUCCUCUUUUCAGCUCGCCACUGAAGCGAUUUUGGACCUUAUCAAGCAGAUGAACCAAGUUUGUAAUAUGCAUUUCACCAACAUCAGUAAAAAUGUCCAGACCGCAGACAUUCUGAAAUCGCCCGAGUUGAAAAUGCGGGAGGUUUUAUUGCAAAAUGCUUCCGAGCUCACUCUGAACCCUGACACUGCACACUUUUCUCUCCGCUUGUCCAAAGAGAACAGGGAGGUGACUGCUGUGAAUCAGGCACAGGAUUACAAAAGCCAUCCAGACAGAUUUGUCUGCAGAGCACAAAUCCUUUGUGACCAGCAUCUACAAGGGACCCCACAGUACUGGGAGGUGGAGUUCAAAGUCAGCAACUGGGUGUGCAUCGCUGUUUCCUACAAAGGAAUCUACAGGAAGCAAAAACAGGGUGGUCUCUUUGGCAGAAACAACUGUUCUUGGGGCUUACGCUGUUAUUACACUUCCUACGAAUUCUGGCAUGAUAAUAAGUGCAUAAGUGUUAAACACAACAAACGUUGCACCAGAAUAGGAGUGUAUCUGGAUCACGGAAUAGGUGUUCUGGAGUUUUACAAUGUCUCUGAUGAUAUGAGUCUCAUCUAUAAGGCUCAGACCAAUUUUACUGAGCCUGUGUAUGCUGGGUUUGGCCUAGGAGGGAAAGGCAGUCACAUCAUGCUCUGUGAUUUGCAAAAGGAGAAGGCCAUGAGUAAAUAAACAAACUAACAUGUAGGAACUGGAA